AAACAAAAAAACCGCACACAUAUAGGGGUAUUUUCAUUUCAAAAACAUUGCCGUUUUAAAAUAAGAAGAAAAAAGCCCCGCCAGACAGUCUGGAAAAUCCAUAGAAAUACAAAUUUUAGCCGGCACUAAAAACCGAAAGUGGCUGUAUCCUCCGACUUUGAUGAGCAGCCAACAGAGAUUUCCGGUAUCCAGCCAAAUGGAGAGGCGGAGUUUCGCCCUCCAGGUCUCCAAUGUUUCGAAUAGUUUUAUGAAUUAAUUCGUUGCGUAGCUGGCUACACACGCCCUAUCUUCGACCGUCCCGCCCGGCCACGCCCCCCGCCCCCUUUGCCGUCCGUCCCGCCCCUUCCGUUCGGCGCGCAGCUUGGAAACAAAUCGGAAAGCCAGUAAAUGGAGUGACAUGAAAUGAAUCAAAGCCACUAAAGCAGCGAAACAGCAAAGUUGACGAAAAAAAAAGAAAGGGCCAAACCAAAACAAAAAAAUAUAUUAUAACAUUCGAAGGCAAACGAAUGAAAUCAAAAAACAGACGUAGAGUAACGCGGCCAACACGAAAGAAAUCACCACUUGCCACUGCAACAGCAACACAUAUUGCACGUGCAACAGCAACACCAACACAUAUUGCAAGUGGAGAAGCAAUCUAAAGUAUAACGGUUAUUUUUUUGGCAAUCAGGAUGAAGGGCUACAACUAUAUUAAUCUCGGCACGCACAGUGGGAUCAACGCCAGUGGCAACGGAAACGGCAAAAUGACGCUGGGCAAAUCCAUCAAAAUGUACCUAACUAUCUUCAUACUAACCACCUGCAUCUACAUGGCGCUCUAUCAGUACCACAUAUCCCGCGAGCCCUUCGCCGCCAGCGAAGUUGUCAAGCAUCAAGAGAAAACAUCUUCAUAUAUCGCCUCAUAUUUGUGGUCACCCAUUUCCCUGUUAAUGGCCAAUGGCUCAUCAAACAUUAAUACCAAUUCCACAACAACAAGCACAACAAUAGCUCCAAUAACAACAACAACAACAACAGCCACUUCAGGCACAAUGGGCCAAAAAGUGGGUGCAUCUUCCGCAUCCAUUCGCAUGGUUUCAUUAGCGGCAACCAGAUCCACAUUUAUACCGUCGUCAUCAUCGGAAUUAAGAUCGGGUUUGGUGGUGGGUGGCCAUCGAAAGACUGCAACCACUAAAAAAACAACAACAACAACAUCCACAACAAGAACAACAACAACAUCAGCAGCCAGUGGGUUGGCAACAAACAAAUUAACAACAACGGCCAUAACAGCUACAGCGAAACUAAGCGCCAAAACAUCCGCGGCCACGCCCACUGCCUCCCAUUUGGAUAAGGGCCAUAAGUCUCGAACAACUUUCGUUGCCGCAUCCGAACCCCCGCCACUGUACAUAAUCACGCCCACCUACCGACGACCCGAGCAGACGGCGGAGUUGACCCGACUCGGUUAUACCCUGAAGCAUGUGACCAAUCUCCUUUGGCUGGUCAUCGAGGAUGCCAACAAGACGAAUCCCCUGGUGGCGCACACCUUGGAUCGCAUCGGCGUGCCCUACGAGUACAUGGUUGCUCCCAUGCCGGAGAAGUACAAGCAGACGAAGCGGGCGAAGCCGCGUGGCGUCUCCAAUCGGAAUCGGGGCCUCGAGUAUCUGCGCAGGAAUGCCACCGAGGGAGUGCUCUACUUCGCCGACGACGACAACACCUACGACAUUAGCAUAUUCGAACAGAUGCGCUACACCACCAAAGUGGCCAUGUGGCCAGUGGGCCUAGUGACGAAGACCGGAGUGAGCAGUCCCAUAAUCCAGGACGGCAAGCUGGUGGGCUACUACGAUGGCUGGAUCGGAGGUCGCAAGUAUCCCGUGGACAUGGCCGGCUUUGCAGUGAGCGUCAAGUUUCUGAAGGAGCGCCCGAAUGCCCAGAUGCCAUUUAAGCCUGGAUACGAGGAGGACGGCUUCCUUCGCAGUCUGGCGCCACUGGAUAAUACUGAAAUCGAGCUGCUGGCCGACGAUUGCCGGGAUAUCCUCACCUGGCACACGCAGACGAAGAAGAACGCGCCCGCCCAGGCGCUGAACAGGACGCGCUACAAGAACACGAACCUGGAGCACAUAGACAGGCUGCUGGUGCGCCCGUAGGGCUAUUGACUGUAGUUAGCUAGUUAGGCUUAGCUAGGGGCCACCGUACCGUACCGCCGGUGGGUGGCUCACGCCCAUUUUGACCGUGGCCUUCGACGGGUUGUACAGGUACAACCCAAGGCACGGGUAAACCCAAUCAGAAUUGAUCAGAUCAGCAGUCGGUGUACAUUAUUACCAUAAUCAUACGCGUAGCUAGGCUCUAAGCGCACUGACCUCUACGAUAAUUUGAUUAGAUGCACCGUAGGCCGAGUUUGACCCCGUAACUCGUAAUCCGUAUUACCGCAAAUACCUUAUCAUUAUCAUUAAGCAACAACUAUUUUGUAUCAUAUCGCUGCGUCCACGACUAUUUUGUAAAUAAUCGCAAAGAUUGAUUUAAGCUUAGACAUAUUGUGCUAUAUAUUUUUUGUACUCCUUAAGUUACAACUGAUUUCUCAGCAAAAAAAAAAAAAAAAAAAACACCAACACCAAACUUUAGCAACGAAUUGGAUAAGAUGUUCCUAGACCAACAAACCAAAAGAAAAAGCGCCUCAAGUUUUGCAUUCAACAUUCCCCUGGGGAAAAUUCAAUCACAUGCGACAGGCGGAGGACCUCGAGGUCAAGGCCUCCACCACAUCAACAAUCAAUUAGGGCAAGGUGUCAACAAAAACUUAUUUCCACGAAUUUCCCACCCGAAAGCGGGCCAAGCCAUUCAAUAAUUCAUGCCGACACACGGAUGUUUUUUUUCGAGGCGAGUGGCACAGAUAACUCGUGCAAGGAUGAGCCUCCUUUUUUUUCCCCCUCGAAGAAUCCAGAUCGCGUGCUGCACUGAAAUUGCACGAACAGGACGAAGGGGACACAAUUUAAACAUUGUAAUGGCUCCGGCUAAUGGGACUGAAUGGCUCAAAAAAGUUUGCCGAAAAUCAAUUUCAUUCUAAGCGCUCAGCACUACUUGUUUUUUUGUUGAAUCUAAUCCCUUUUUGUUUGCUCGAGAUGUGCGUUUUUGUUUUUCCGAAAAAAAACGGGUUUCCAACGCAACACUUUUUCACUACUCAUAAGUACGAUAAGUUAAGUUUAUAAAGAAAUUUAUAUUGAAGUUAUGAACUGCACUGAAAUCGCCUACAUGUAAAUAAUAAUCACCAAAUAUUGUAACCAAAUCUUUUACACGUCCCGCAAAAAGCAGGGAGCAGAAGCGCAGGGAUGUGAGAAAACCUAUGACAAAAUGGUAUUACGAAAUUUAUACAAUUUAUACAAUUGAAUAUGGAAUACGAUAAGCCGCAAAACAAUUAGUUAGGUACUUACGAAAAUCUUACAAAAAAUAAUAAAUUACCAAUGGAGUCUCGAUGAUGAACUCAAGAACGCAAGAAAAUCAACUUAAACCUUUUCAAGAAUAUCUCAAAAUGUUUCAAUGAAUACUAAAGAUACGGAUUAAAGUCUAAAACUAUUCUCUUAUUCAAGUAAACUAUACAACAUACAAUGUUUAAACCUGAGAGGACUUAUAGCAAGGAACUUCAAUCAUUUUUUGACAAAAUACAAAUACCUUUCAAUAAAUUGAUACAAUUUUCUUAACAAUUUUCAAAAUAA